AUGACAAUGAUUGGUGACAGCUCCACAACAGAUGCCUCUCAGCUAGAGAUAUCCGCGGACUACAUUGGAGGGAGUCACUAUGUCAUCCAGCCUCAUGGUGAUACUGAGGACAGCAUGAAUGAUCAUGAAGAUACAAGUGGCUCAAAAGAAAGUUUCAGAGAACAAGAUAUAUAUCUUCCAAUUGCAAAUGUGGCUAGGAUAAUGAAGAAUUGCAUACCUCAAACGGGAAAGAUUGCAAAGGAUGCCAAAGAGUGUGUUCAGGAGUGUGUGAGUGAGUUCAUAAGCUUCAUCAUGUCAGAGGCAAGUGAACGGUGCCAUCAGGAGAAAUGGAAGACAAUCAAUGGGGAGGACAUUCUGUUUGCCAUGUCCACAUUAGGCUUUGACAGUUAUGUGGAACCUCUGAAAUUAUACCUUCAGAAAUUCAGGGAGGCUAUGAAAGGAGAGAAGAGGAUUGGUGGAGCUGUCUCAGCUACAGAUGGACUAAGUGAAGAGCUUACAGAGGAGGCAUUUUCUAACCAGUUACCAGCUGGCUUAAUAACUACAGAUAGUCAACAACAAAAUAUUAUGGUUUAUACAACAUCCUAUCAACAGAUUUCUGGUGUUCAGCAAAUUCAGUUUUCAUGAUCUGAAGAAAUGAUGGGAGAGUCAAGAGUGAGAGUGUGGUGCUGGAACAGAGGCAGGGAAGGAAAGGACUGGAGGGAAGACGCCUCUUUGUACAUUAAGUAGCUGUAUGUAGCUUCCUGAUGCUUGACUAAUUGAGGUGUUAAUUCUG